GGGAGUCACGUGACGUCAUGCGGGUGGAAACUUCGUGUCCGCUGCUAGAUAGAGGAGAAGAAAGUCCAGAGAAAGAUGCAUGAAGAGGAUGACAGCGCUGCCAACCCCAGCAGGAGCUCCCGGAUCCUGGCGACAAGGUCUUUCGAUGUGUCCGACUGCGAGGGCUCGAAGGAGCAGAGCGUCAAAUUGUGCGGCUACCUGAACAAACUGACAGGGAUAGGGCCCCUGAGAGGCUUCAAGACGCGCUGGUUUGUGUACGACCCCAGGAAAUGUUACUUGUAUUACUUUAAGACUCCUCAAGACGCCCUUCCACUGGGACACAUUGAGAUAGCGGACGCUUGUUUCAGCUAUGAUGUGGAGGUGGAAGAGGGGCUCUUUGAGAUCCACACCGAGGGGAAGGAGUUCCUACUCAAGGCGCCCAACAGGCAGGUGAUGCAUUACUGGCUGCAGCAGUUACAGCAGAAACGAUGGGACUUUUGCAAAAUGUCUGGCCACAGAGACAGCUGGUGCUCCCCCGCCCCGCUUUUUCCACAUACAGGCCUGGUGGCUAAAGAUGCAGAAGCAGUGGUCUAUGAGAAGCCCAACGAGAGCAUGGAAAGUGUUCGGAGUGACUUUGCUGUGGAGAUGGACAAUGAUGGGCUGGUCGGUCCUCAGUCAGCGCGUAACCCUGUGGCACAACCCAGCGCAGCUCUCAACUCCCUCCGACACUGGGGCUCUGAGAUCAGAAAUAGCAUGUCUCACCUGCGAGCCAGCCGAGGAGUAGAAAACAGACGCAGUGUGUUUCACACAGCCAGCAGUGAGGACUGGGAGAUCGUCGAUCCUCCAAGCAAAGACACAACCGAGCACAAACCCCCACCUGACAGCCAGCGACGGGAAAGCCCAUCUCAGGUUCAACGAUACUCCAUUGGCUCAGCAUUCACGUUUGACUUACGCAACCCCUCCAGAAUGAAACGGCCCUUUCACAUGGGCUCCGGGAAACCCAACCGCAGCGCAGAGAGCUCGCCGGUUGAAUGUAACGGGACCAAGACCUCCGAACUGCAGCUCCGCUUUCAGAGCCAGCAGGAGGAGAUCAGUCGCCUGCAGGAGCAAGAGAACCAGCUCAGAGAAGAGCUCGCCAGUCAGAAGGAGUUGGUUCAUCUUCUCCAACAAGCACUACGUAGCUCCCAAUGUGAUUGGCGUUCCACAGUGUCUCCUGUGAACAUGGGGCCUGACAGUCAGGACCAAGCUAAGAAUGAGGUGGACAAAGCCCUGGCAGAGAGGGACACCCAGAUCAAAGACCUCUGUGGACACAUGGAGAAGCUAGCCUUGGAGAAGGAGAGUCUCCAACAGGAGUUGAAGAGUUUGAAGAUCAAAGUUGGGGAGAUAAAUGAACAGCUGGGCAUGCUCAUGGAGACCAUUCAGGCCAAGGAUGAAGUCAUCAUGAAACUUUCCCAGCAGAGUGGUAAUGAAGGAACCCAGUCGGCUGAAUGCAACUCACCUAGUGCAACUAGGGAACAACAAGAGUUGGACAACCUGAAGGACAGCCUUCAGGGCUACAAAUCCCAAAAUAACUUCUUAAACAAAGAAAUUCUGGAGUUGACGGUCUUAAGAAGAAAUGCUGAAUCCAGAGAAAAAGCACUAGAGGCGAAGUGCACCAGUUUGGAGGCCAAGCUGUGUCAGGUGGAGAGUAAGUACCUGGUUUUACUACAGGAAGUGAAGAGUCCCGUUUGCUCCUCCUCCUCUGAGCAGACCCGUAGCGGAGAGGUCAUCAGCCGCUUACUAGAAGAUGCACUACAGGUGGAGAGCACAGACCAGCAGGAGCACCCUAUCCUCAAACCCAACGCUGUCAGUGAGUAUGACAUUUAUGGCUUCAAAACUGUCCCGGAGGAAGAGGAUGAGGAGGAAAAGCUUGAAGCCAAAAAGAGAGCGCUAGACCUGAAGUCCCUCUCCCUGACAGACCAGGAGACCUCAAUCAGGGUGAAGUGGGACAACUACAUGGCCAUCACCAUGAACAGAGAGAUGGUUCGUUCGCCAGAGCUUAAGGCACUGAUGCGAAGUGGGGUUCCCCAUAACCACCGUUCCAAGGUGUGGAGCUGGUGCGUGAACUUCCAUGUGAAGAAGAUGCGUGAAGAUGUGUCAAAAGACUAUUUCCAGGACCUUCUGUCCACGGCGAAUGAAAAACCAAACCCGGCCUGUAAACAGAUAGAGCUGGAUCUUCUCCGGACGCUUCCUAACAACAAGCACUAUGCCUCUCCUGACCAGGAUGGCAUCCAGAAACUCAGGAACGUGCUGCUGGCGUUCUCCUGGAGGAAUCCAGUUAUCGGCUACUGCCAAGGCCUCAACAGGCUGGCAGCUAUCGCUCUUCUGUAUUUGGAGCAAGAGGACGCUUUCUGGUGUCUGGUGGCCAUCGUUGAGGUUUUCAUGCCACAUGACUAUUACACUAAAACACUGCUAGGCUCACAGGUAGAUCAGCGUGUUUUGAAGGACCUGAUGUACGAGAAGUUACCCAGGCUUCAUGCUCAUUUUGAGAACUAUAAGGUGGACACCUCUCUCAUCACCUUCAACUGGUUCCUGGUUGUGUUUGUGGACAGCGUGGUCAGUGACAUCCUCUUCAAGAUCUGGGACGCUUUUCUCUAUGAGGGACCCAAGAUAAUUUUCAGAUUUGCUCUUGCCCUCUUCAAAUACAAAGAAGAGGAAUUUCUAAAGCUCCAGGAUCCCAUGACCAUUUUCAAGUACCUUCGGUACUUCACACGUACAAUCUUGGAUGCAAGGAAGUUGAUGAGCUUGGCGUUUGUGGACAUGAACCCGUUCCCACUGAGGCAGAUCCAGAACCGUCGCACGUUCCACCUGGAGAAGGUCCGUCUGGAGCUCACCGAGCUGGAAGCCAUCCGUCAGACCUUCCUGCGGGAGAGAGACAACACCCUGGACGGCCGCACACUCAUCAGUGACGACGAGGAGGACAGCUGAGCCACGGCCAAUAAGGGACCAGACCUGAAAAGCUGAUUAGCCAAUCACAUCGUGCCUUACACUUUUCAAUGUAUUUCACUCAACAAACUGUGACUUCGAGAGACCAAACACCAGUAUUUCUUUUGAUGACUUUUUCAUUGUUUUGUCCAGUGUUUCAUCCAUUUGUACAUUGACCGAAAUCAGUAUUAAAGUAACUAAAGUACUUUGCA